GGCGCAGCUCGGAGGCGGCGGAGCCUGAGUUUCCUCCAGCCAGGCGCGAUUCCCUGCCCCGGGCACCGGCGAUGCGUAUACCCUCCUCCCGCUCGCAGCGCCGGGCCGCGGGGCCCGGGCCGAUCCCGGCCCGCCUGCCGGGAGCGCGGCUGCGCCGGCCCGCCCGGUCAUGUGAGGGGCGGCGCAUCCCGGCGGCAGCGGGCGCUGAGAUGGCGGCGGCUGCCGGCGCUGGUGACCGGGCUGGAGCCGAGCUGCCGGACGCCUGCCCCGGCGCGGACAGCGGGAAUGUGUCCCAGAGCCAAAGCAGAGCUUCCGGCCUCGGGGAGGCGGAGGACGAGGACGCCUCGGAGGCGUCGCUCAGCGCCACCGCCGCCGCCUACUCGGCGUACCUGCUCGCCGACCGCAGCCUCUUCAGCGAGCAGAUAGAAAGCUUAGAUAAAAGUCUAGAAGACUUACUGACCAGGGUGGAUGAAUUCGUGGGAAUGCUGGACAUGAUUCGAAGUGAUUCCUCUCAUGUUGUCAAUGAAAGUAUACCUCAAAUUCACACAAAAGCUACAGAAAUGAGGCAGAUAUAUAGGAAGAUUGACAAACUAGAGGCUUUUGUGAAAAUGAUUGGGAAUAGCGUAGCUGGACUGGAAGAACGGGUCAUAAAGGCAGAAACAGACCUUGGAGCUUUUCCAAGCACGUUCAAGAAAAUCUUGCACACAAUCAGCAUGCCAUCCUUCCUUAAUAAAUCGUCUUCCUCACGACAGCAGCAGACCCUCUAUGAACCUCCAGUCCUCUUCAAGACAGAAGACUAUUUUCCAUGUCUAAAUGAAGCACCUUAUUGAUGGUUUUUGCUUUGGGAUUGAUAUGAAUCAGCCAGAAUAGAGAGAGCCAAGUGAACAAAAAGAAUGCCAACCUCAGAACAGCUGCAUUUUCUAAGCACUAUUGAUGGCAUAUUGCCAUUCUGAUUGUCAUUGUCUUCCUUCAGGCAAUAUUUUCAGGUAAUCUUUGUUUGUGCACAUUAUUUCAAAAGCCUUCCUAAAACACCAUGUAAGUUUUCAGAUUAUUUUGGGGAAGGAAUUUAAGAAUAUUUUUGCAUUACAUUUCUUUUUAAUAUGGAAAUAAUAGGAAACAUAGUAUUGUAUAUAAGUUUUUUAACACGUAAAUAUCUGUGCUGCUGCACAUGUAAAUAGCUCUAUCACAAGGAUGGGGGUUUGUCUUUUUUCAUGAUGUGCUGAUUGAGGUGAAAGAAAAACUAUGCAUAAUGUUUCACAGCUAUUCCAAGGUUUUAAGCCUGGUCCCUGCAGUCUGUACAGAGAAAUGCACCACAUUGGGAUGUACUUGUUGCAGGGGCAGGACUUGGAAGGUCAUCCAGGAAUCAAGGACAUGGCUCAAUCCAUGAGAUUUAGUCCCAGUUCACAAAGCAAACAUCCUGCCCCACUGAUGAUCCUCAGGUCACAGUGACCCAAGCUUUUAAUUAUUGCAUCAUUGUAUUGUUUGAUGUGUAACCAGGUGGGCAUGAAAUAUAUUUAUAUAUAGGGAGAGAGAGACAUAGAUGUAUAAAACCUUCUGUCAAAAAGAACAAGUAUCUAAGUUGAGGGAGGAAUGACCCUGGACUGAACCUUGAUCAGGUACCUGACCAGAUUGCUUUUCCUUUACAACCCUCUGUGGAUACUGAGGCUUCCCAUGCUGAUUGCAAUUUAUAUUAUCAAUAAACUAAUAGCUGGCUAA